AUGGCAGGUAUCAUUCCCAGCAACGCACCUGAGCUUGAGCGUGGGACUCACUUGGGCGUGUCCCCAAGCGAAACCAUUGAGCUCGAUCCCUCAUCAAGUAUCCAACCGUCUGACGGAAAGGAGACGUGGAAACAUCCUAGGAGCAACGUCUUGAAGACCAUAGCGUGUUUUUGGUCUUUCGCCAUUGCAGGACUCAACGAUGGGGCUUACGGCGCCUUGUUACAAUACAUUGAAGCCUAUUAUGGCUUGACUUAUACAGUCGUGUCUAUAAUAUUCUUGGUGCCGUUCAUCGGAUAUACAGUGGCUGCUGGACUGAAUCAAAAGAUUCACACAAGCUUCGGUCAGCGCGGAGUCGCCAUUGGUUGCUCAAGCUGUCACCUGAUUGCGUUUGUAAUAAUGGCUUUGCACCCUCCAUACCCAGUCCUGGUCAUUGCAUUCUUGUUUGCAGGGCUUGGAAAUGGCAUUGCCGAAGGAGGUUGGAAUUCUUACAUUGGCAGACUCGAGCGUGCCAACGAAUUAUUGGGUCUACUACACGGCGCAUAUGCUUUUGGGGCAGUCAUUAGCCCGUUGGUCGCCACUGCAAUUGUCACGCAGGCAGGGGCAAGUUGGUAUGUUUUCUACUAUAUCUUGAUUGGGCUCACUGUACUUGAAUGCAUCAUUGUAAUUUCGGGUUUCUGGGGCGUAACGGCAGCGCAAUAUAAAAAGUCAAUGACGCGGGCCAAUGAUUCUGCUGCGUCAGAGGAUAGUAGACUGCUUGAUGCUCUCAUCAAAAGACCACUUGCACGUAUUACAUGGCUCUGUUCUGCUUUCCUGCUCGGCUACGUGGGUAUCGAAGUCGCACUCGGCGGCUGGAUCAUUGUAUUCAUGGUACAGGUGCGCCAGGGUGAAGCGUUUGCCAGCGGCAUGGUGGGGACUGGAUUCUGGCUGGGUAUCGCCGUGGGAAGAGUUGUUCUCGGCUUUGUCACGCCCAAGAUUGGAGAGAGGUUGGCCAUUUCGGCAAGUUUUCCCAGUACUUGGUCAAUUACUCUCGUGCUGACGGGUAUGUCAGUCUCACUCCAGGGAUUUUUUCUAGGGCCACUGUUCCCAGCUGCCAUUGUCGUGCUCUCAAAAUUACUACCGCCCCAUUUGCAUGUUGGCGUCAUUGGCUUUGCAGCGGCCAUUGGCGGCAGCGGAGGUGCCGUCUUGCCAUUCGCCAUUGGCGCCAUUGCGCAGGCCAAGGGCGUACAGGUUCUUCAGCCAGUGAUUCUGGCCCUCGCUUGUGUCAUAACCAUUCUCUGGUUCUGCUUGCCAAGGACCAACAAGAAGAUUGAGUGA